ACCAGCUCCAACAGUAAUGUGGUUGAUAGAUGGAACACCAGCCCCACAGUACAUCGGCGAGAAGACAGACACACACGUGGUAGUCAAUAAACUAGAGCUGCCACAUGUGAAGAGGAACCAUCUUAACACCACGUUCAAAUGUCGAGCAUCAAACACGAACCUCGUCAGCCCACAAGAGAAGACUGUAAGACUGGAAAUGAACUUGAGGCCCAACAUGAUCCAGAUCUUGAACAAACCGACGACUUUAUCUUCGGAACGAUACGUCAUUUUGAUGUGCGUGUGUGAAGGCAGCCGCCCGACAGCGCAACUAACGUGGUUUAAGGAUAAUAGAAAAUUUAAAAGAGGCAAGAUAAUAGAAGCAUUGAACGAGACGUGGGUGAGCAGCCAGCUGCAAUUCAUGCCGCUGCCGGAGGACGACGGGGUGCAACUCAAGUGCCAGGCGGACAAUAGCGCGCUCCCAGGACAGAGCAUCGAGGACUCCUUCAAAUUGGAUGUCGUUUAUCCUCCCGUGGUAUCCUUGUCAUUGGGCAGCACCCUCAACCCUCACGACAUCAAGGAAAGAGCGAUGACGUGUACUUCGAAUGCUCGGUCCGAGCCAAUCCUAAGGAGCAUCGGAUAUCCUGGUACCAUAAC